CCAGUGUAAGCGUCUCGCCCGGCUGUCCCUCUUUGUCCGGCAGCGACUGUAGGCCGUAAUAGUCAUGGCCAAUUUCGCGUUUGAGGAUAAAUUUUAAUUGUAAGUCUAUUUGACAUUGACUGUUUGCUUUAUGAGGAUUGAUAAAUAUGGAAUAAUGUAACUGCUUAGUUUGAUUCAACGCUUAGCGUGAGCCACAUACAGCUUGCAGUCAAAGCCUGAGCUAGCUGGUUUACUAGCUAUGCUAGCUACUCGGCUCUUAACAGCUAAUGUAGCUAAGCUAGCUAGCAAUCUGGCGGGCGCUUUCACAGAAACCGCAUCGAGUUAAACAUGGAGUGAGUGCGCGCGGGGUUUCAUGUCGCGUGCGUGUAGCGUGCAGCUCGUUCGCGUUGCGUUAUGAUCGGGACAAUCAGAGCUUAGCCUUGUCUUCACAUUACACUCGGGUUGUGUAGCGCUGUAGCUAACCGCUAGCCAGUUAGCAGCACAUCUGUAAGUGAUCACAGGAGGAGGAGGAGGAGGAGGAGGGAGGGGGGCUCGCAGGCACGUUCAUUCAAUAACAUUACCAGCUUGUUGGUUCGGGGUUUUUUUUCUCUCCGUCUUUCUCCGUGUUCACUUUUCCAGCAGGAGAAUCUCAGUCCUGAGUAAGGUUAGUCUGUUCACUGCGAAACAAAACCCCAGAUGAAGGCAGAUCCGCUACCUGCUCAGUACUCUGUGAGGGAUUCUGCGAUCUUAGCUGUCAGCCUGUAGUGCUGCGCUGCCGUUACUUGGACCUGAGGACACGUCCGUCUGCUUCUUUUUUUUAUGUGUGAACGGUGACAUGGCAGCGCGCCGCCGAUCGUUUUAAUGGCUGCCGAAUCGGGGAGACUGCAGGCGGGACAAGGUCAAGGGAAGCGUGGCAAAGGUUCCCAGAUGAAAAGCCCAGAGAAAAAGAAGAGGAAGUCUAGCACUCAGGGGGCAAGUUUCUCCCACCUCUCUGAGUUUGCGCCUCCUCCAACCCCUAUGGUAGACCAUCUUGUGGCCUCAAACCCAUUUGAUGAUGACUUUGGCCCGCCGUCACGUCCCGCUGGAGCCGGGGGUCCGGGAAGCGCACCUUUUCUGCCAAGCCCAGGGGCUGGUGGCGGAGGUGGAGGAUAUGGAGGACCAGGUAGAAUGGGAGGGGGCAUGGCCUACAUGGGUGGCCCUGGAGGACCAGGUGGUGGACAGCCUGGACGAAGACCCCCUUUCGGACCUCCACCACCCAACACAGGACCACAUCACCCAAUUGGAUUUGGAGGAAUGCCUGGAUUUGGAGGUGGUGGAGGAGGUGGUGGUGGUGGAGGUGGUUUUCCUCCAGGGGGACCAUCACAAUUUAACAUGCCACCUAAUUUCAGCCCUCCUAUGCACCCAGGGCAAGGUUUUAACCCUAUACUGUCACCUGGUGGAAUGGGUGGUGGUCCUGGAGGUGGUGGUCCUCCUCAUCCACGCUUUGGGAUGCAGCAGCCUCAGCAUGGACAGGGUGGUCAUCCUUUCAACAGUCCUCCGAUGCCUGGGGGCCCUCGUGGUCCUCCCCAUGGCCCAAUGAAUCCGAUGGGUGGCAUGCCGACUGGAAUGAAUAUGAUGGGUGGUAUGGGGGGUGGAAUGGGUGGAGGUAAUAUGGUAGGUGGCCACGCAGGGUUGCCCCCCCAGGGAUCGUUCCCUCCCUCGCAAGAUGGCCCCUAUCCUGGGCCAGGCACUCCUGGUAGUGAAGAAGGCAAAAACUUUGUUGGUGGACCAGGCGGUGGUCCACCAGGUCCACCUCAGCAGCCACCAAACCUCAACCCAUCUGGCCCUCCGUCCAACAAUGCCACCCCAGGUCCAUCCCCAGCUUCUGGACCUCCACAGACUGGGGGAGGGUUUCCUGGUCACCCUGAUGUUCAGCAAUCAACACCCAACACACCUGGGCAACCUUCAUCAGCACCUCCUCCACCCAAUCCUAAUUCCUCCCCUACUGGUCCACUAAACGGUCCACAACCCCAGCAAGUCCCACCAAAUCAGCACACUCCAGUUAACUCCGCAAGUGGCCCUGCUCCCAACACUCCAUCCAAUCAGCAGCAGCCAACGCCACCCAACUCCAACCCAGGCUCUGCCCCAUACAAUCAGCAGAACAGUGCUCCUGGUGGUGGACCUAUGGCAAGCCAGCCACCUAAUACCAAUCAAAACAAUCUAAACAACACCGGUGGCAGUAACCCUAACCCUCCAUCUAACUCAGCUUCCACACCUAACACGCAGUCUCCACUUCCCACUGGCCAAGCUCCACCUUCGGUUGGUCCAGGUUCUGGACCGCCAAAACUGGGAAGUGGCAUGGUGUUCCAUUGUGGCUUCUGCUUGUUAGAGGUACAUGAUGACCAGGAGGCCAUUCUUUGUGAGGCAUCAUGCCAACGCUGGUUCCACAGAGACUGCACAGGCCUGACUGAGCCUGCAUAUGGCCUGUUAACCAGAGAGAGUGCUGCGGUAUGGGCUUGCGAUUUCUGCCUCAAGACCAAGGAGAUUCAGGCAGUAUAUGUACGCCAGAGCCUGGGACAGCUGGUGGCUGCCAAUGAAGGCUAAGCGACCAGGAACAGCAAGUAGGCUAAGGAAAGUGGACAGAGUAGGAAAUGUAGGGAAACCAAUGGAUGGAACACGAAUGGAAAAUGUGGACUCUGUACUUCCUGUGUUGAGUGCUCUUGCAAACCACACAAGCACUUUUAAAGCUUACAUUUCUUGAUUGGGGGAAGUUUGAGCAUGGUUUUUCAAGAACACUAUGAUAACCAGUAAUGAAUCAUAUUACCAGUACGAUUUGGCUCGCAUUUAAGGGAAAGAAAAUAUUUCUGUUAUUGCUUCAAUUGAACACAUGGUUGUAAAAGUGCAGAAGAAUUUUUGUAAUAUUGUCGUAUUUAAAAGUAAUUAACUAAUAUCCAGUAUAGAUUCCAGUCAGAGUAAACUUUCCCUCCAAAAGCAGCUUGUCUACCAGCAAAGCACUGACAACAACUCACUACCUCACAGAUUUAACAGUUGUACACAUGCUUUGGCACAGAUUGACUGCUAUCUAAAGCUAGAGUGAGGUCUCCCUACACCACCUCCUCUAGUCCAUGGUUUCCAUUUCAGUGUGUCCAAAGGAAACAAGUACCUUUCUUCACCUUUGAGAGAAAUGGUGUAUACACAUGUAUAUAAUGAAUAUUAGUCACAAUUUUUCUGUUCCUUUUGGGAAGAGUUGUCCUGUAAACAGAAAGAUCCCUGACAUUUAAUCAUGCUGUUGCCAAGUUUUUGUCUGAAUAUACAUUCAUUCACCAUUUUUAUUUAAAACUGAACACUGAGAGGUCAGUGUGGAUGGUUGGCUACAUAGGCAGUAGUGCUACAUAACCAUAUCAGAUGUGUAUAGUCUUUGGAUUGCAUGUGAACCAAAUGCAGUAAUUUGUCCACUGUUUGUAAUGUAUUGUUUCUUUCUAGGCCUCAGUGAGGGGUGUGAAGUAGACCAAAUAACAGAAUGAAAUCAAAUCAGCUCAUGUUUCUGUUGCUGAAAAAGAUGUUAUUUUCUUGUUUCCACAUUUCUGUCCAGGUUGCCUUUUUUUCUUAGCAAUUAUCCAUUUUUGUACUGAUGUCUAGUGUGCAGACUCUAGUGCCCUCUGUUGUCCAGAAUUGUGCAGUAAAGUUUGAGGUGGGCAGAAGUAAGGUAAUGUUGUGAAAGAAGUAAAGGAAAAUGUAUUUGUAUUUUUACUUGCCAUUUUUUGUAGACUAUUGUUGCAUUAAAUUUGGGUUUGACUACCCAGUAAACCAAGUCAUGAA